GCGGUACAGCAGGAUUCAGGUUCCUGUGGUUGCCAUGGUGAAGAGCGGACUGCUGGCCGUGGUGGCGGCGCCUGCGGAGCCUCGUUAGCGGAGCGUGUGAGGUUAUGAAGAUCAUCACACAACUACUGUCCCUAGCCAGAGGUUGCCAUAGCAACGACCCCAUGUCCCGGUCCUGGUUGUUACAGAGACUCCAGCGAGUGCAGGAGCUGCAGGAUUUUGGCUUUAUUGGUGACUUCACCUGCGCGUUCCCACGGCAACCACUUCCCUGAAAGAUUUGUGUAAAGUCAUCCUUUUCUCCUUGCGAUGGCCGCCCUGCUGCCCCUGACCUAUGUCCUGCUGCUGGUUCCACUGACCCGUGCUGCCCAGUCCAGCGAGCGGCGGGUGGUUGCCUACAUCCCUGGUGACAUAAUUAUUGGUGCACUGUUCUCUGUGCACCACCAGCCUCAGGCCGACAAAGUCCAUGAGCGGAAGUGCGGCGCCAUACGAGAGCAGUACGGAAUCCAGCGGGUGGAAGCGAUGAUGCUUACGCUGGACCGAAUAAACACUGACCCCAACAUCCUGCCCAACAUCACGCUGGGCUGUGAGAUACGUGACUCCUGCUGGCACUCCGCCGUGGCCCUAGAGCAAAGCAUUGAAUUCAUACGAGACUCUCUGGUCACCGCGGACGACGGAGACGAACCUGGGGGCGGAGCAACGGCCAGAUGUGCGGAUCCUGGGGCCACGCCCAUGAAAGGGAAAAAACCAAUCGUGGGCCUGAUUGGUCCUGGGUCAAGCUCAGUGGCCAUUCAAGUUCAGAACCUUCUGCAGCUUUUCAACAUCCCACAAAUCGCAUAUUCAGCCACUAGUAUGGACCUUAGCGACAAGUCGCUGUAUAAAUAUUUCAUGAGGGUGGUGCCCUCGGACGCCCAGCAGGCCAGGGCAAUGGUGGACAUCGUCAAGAGAUACAACUGGACCUACGUUUCGGCCAUACACACGGAGGGUAACUAUGGUGAGAGUGGGAUGGCAGCAUUUAAAGAGAUGGCAGCUAAAGAGGGGAUCUGCAUCGCUCACUCUGAUAAGAUCUGGAGUAACGCUGGAGAGCAGAACUUCGACCGUUUGCUGCUGAAGCUGAGGAGCCACCUGCCCAAAGCUCGCGUGGUGGCCUGUUUCUGCGAGGGGAUGACCGUCCGUGGAAUACUGAUGGCCAUGAGGAGGCAGAACCUGGUCGGAGAGUUCCUGCUGGUUGGCAGCGAUGGGUGGGCGGAUCGUUACGACGUGACGGACGGGUAUGUGCGUGAGGCAGCAGGCGGGAUCACCAUAAAGCUCCAGUCUGCAGACGUGAAGUGGUUCGACGAUUACUACCUGAAACUGCGUCCGGAUAAUAACCUGCGGAACCCCUGGUUCCCUGAGUUCUGGCAGCACCGGUUCCACUGCAGACUUAAGGGUCACCCUCAGGAGAACCCCAAAUACAACCGCACCUGUGGCAAGCGGGACUCCCUCCGUCAGCAGUACGCUCAGGACACUAAGAUGGGCUUUGUGAUCAAUGCGAUAUACAGUAUGGCGUUUGGGCUCCAUAAGAUGCAGCGAGUUCUGUGUCGCGGUGCCGUUGGUCUGUGCGACGCUAUGCGGCCGAUCGACGGAGCCAAACUGCUCGAAUUCCUCAUGAAGACCAACUUCACCGGCGUCUCCGGAGAAAACAUCCAGUUCGACGAAAACGGAGACUCUCCAGGAAGUUAUGUGAUCAUGAACUUUAAGAAGAUGGGGAAGGAUUAUUACGACUACACCAACGUGGGCAGCUGGGAUAACAGCGGUCUGCAGAUUGAUGAUGAUGAAAUCUGGUCCAGCAAAGAUGCCAUCAUCAAAUCAGUCUGCAGUGACCCCUGCGAUAAAGGCCAGAUCAAGGUAAUCCGUAAAGGUGAGGUGAGCUGCUGCUGGACUUGUACUCCCUGUAAGGAGAAUGAGUUUGUGUUUGAUGAAUACACCUGCAGGGCGUGCGAACUUGGCUCCUGGCCUACAUACGACCUCACAGGUUGUGACCCAAUCCCAGUGCAGUAUCUGCGGUGGGGUGACCCUGAGCCCAUAGCGGCCGUGGUCUUCUCCUGUCUGGGUCUGAUGGCCACCUUCUUUGUCACCGCCGUGUUCGUGGUGUACCGCGACACUCCGGUGGUGAAGUCAUCCAGCCGCGAGCUCUGCUACAUCAUUUUAGCUGGAAUCUGCCUGGGCUACCUGUGCACCUUCUGCCUCAUCGCCAAACCUCAUGUGGUCCACUGCUACCUACAGCGCUUGGGCGUCGGCCUUUCGCCUGCCAUGAGCUACUCGGCCCUGGUCACCAAAACCAAUCGGAUCGCUCGCAUUCUGGCUGGCAGCAAGAAAAAAAUCUGCACCAAGAAGCCAAGAUUCAUGAGCGCCUGUGCCCAGUUGGCGAUCGCCUUCAUUCUCAUUCUUCUGCAGCUCAGCAUCAUCGUGGCACUCUUCGCCCUGGAGCCGCCGGAUGUUAUUUUUGACUAUCCAUCCAUCCGAGAGGUCAACCUGAUCUGCAAUACCACCAAUCUAGGCGUGGUGGCACCGCUGGGUUACAACGGUUUGCUAAUAAUGAGCUGCACUUUCUACGCCUUCAAAACGCGGAACGUUCCGGCGAACUUUAACGAGGCAAAAUACAUCGCCUUCACCAUGUACACCACCUGCAUCAUCUGGCUGGCCUUUGUGCCAAUCUACUUCGGCUCCAACUACAAGAUCGUGACCAUGUGCUUCUCAGUGAGUCUGAGUGCCACAGUGGCUCUGGGCUGCAUGUUUGUGCCGAAGGUUUAUAUCAUCCUUGCCAAACCAGAGCGAAACGUUCGCAGCGCCUUCACCACGUCCACAGUGGUCCGUAUGCACGUGGGGGACGGAGGAAAGGCGUCGUCGGCUGCCAGCCGCUCCAGCAGCCUCGUCAACCUGUGGAAGAGGAGGGGGUCAUCAGGGGAGACGCUCAGCUCCAAUGGAAAGUCGGUGACGUGGGCUCAGACGGAGCGCAAUUCCAAAGGCAGCCACCUGUGGCAGCGUCUUUCCUUCCACAUCAAAAAACGGGAGAACAACCAGACGGCCGUGAUCAAGCCUUUCUCGAAGACAUCGGAGGGUCGUGACUGUGGAGGAACUGAAGUCCCGCCAGACAGCAGCAACAACAAGAUGCUAUACGAAGUCACCGAGCCGGAGGAGCGCUUCCCCAUCACGUAUCGUCCUCAAACACCAUCCCCAAUCAGCACCGUGAGCCAGAGAGCAGGGGGCGGAGCUUUGGGAAGGAGCUCGGGUGCUGAUGACCAGGUGAUCAGUGGAGUGUCAUCUUAUCUGAGCCAGCCGCCUCGGAGCGACAGCGUGUCCUGCGGCGGAGUCGGCGGCACCAGCGCAUCACAGGGAUCGCUGAUGGAACAGAUCAGCUGUGUGGUUAACCGCUUCACCGCUAACAUUAGCGAGCUAAACAGCAUGAUGCUGUCCAACUCACCACCAGGGGGCACCAUGGGGCUGAACACGAGCAUGUCUGCUAGCAUUUCAGCUAGCAUGUCCACUCACGGCCACUCCUCCAACUGUCCGCCUCCCUACUUCCUGCCCCGAGAGGUUUCAAUGCCGACCACGAUGACGACCUACGCCGAGAUCCAACCACUACCACCAGUGGAGUCCAAUGGGGGUCGGACGCCUUGCCCGCUGCCCAGCUCCUCCUCCAGGGGUCCAGGCACCAGGAGCUCUCCCGUGUCCAGUGUCAAAGAGUUCAUGGUGGGCACGGCGUCAGCCCUCGAGUCCACAGUUACAAAGGCCGAGCUGGAGGAGCUGCUGCCGCUAACGCCUCCAUCGCCCUUCAGGGACUCUGUGGCUUCCGGGAGCAGCUCCCCCAACUCCCCCACCGGCUCAGAGGCAGGUCUGGGACCGCCCCCGUCCCCCAGAUACGAGUGCCUGGUACUGCGACACUACAGCCAGAGCUCCUCCUCCUUAUGAGGGCCGGGGAGACGUAGGAGGAGGCGACAUUUGGGGAAAAGAGGCAGGAGGAAUGUACGAAUAAAUGACAAAUAACGGCUUCCUAGAAAACGUAAUAAGACAAAUCUAGUCUUUAGUGUGCGUGUUUACAUGUUUUUGAUGCCGGAGACAGACGGCCAGUACAACAACAAGACGUCCGCCGAAGUUUCUCCUGAGCGAGGCAUUUUACGAACGGCCUGCAGGGUCGCACAACAACAUAAUAUCUUUUUGUUCUGUUGUUUGUUUGUUUGGUUUGUUUUGGUAGUGGCCUUAAACAAACAUGGCUUUCGUCUAAUUAGAGAUGUCCUUCUGACAGUAUAAAAAAAAACACAUUUGUGUGUUUGUGUGGCGAAAUGGGGACCCGGCCGCCAGUGGGGACCUUCAGCGUCCUUCACCCAAGGAGCUUGAAAAGGAAAGUGACUCAGAGUAUUAGUGACACUUGGCAAUGCACUCGGGACCGAAGACCUGCUCCGCCAGACUGGGAACAAAGUGCUUUGUUUUAUUUACUGCAAAA